AUGGGCUGUCGUUACACUUCCGCUGACAAAUUGGGCUACAACUAUCGUCCAGUAGGGCACUCCGAUUCAGGACUUUCCUUUGCACCCGGCAGUGGAUCCGGUGGAUUCGGUGGACUUGGCGGACUUGGAGGAAUCGGCGAUAGCGGUUUAGGUGGAUUGGGAGGUAGUGGCAGCUUUGGCGGUCCAGAUGGAAGUGGUGGUGUCGGUGGCUUCGGAAGCAGUGGUCUUGGCGGCUCAGAUGGUGGUCUUGGAGGACUUGGUGGUUCAGGCGAUAUUGGCAACAGCGGUAGUGUUGGACCUUCUUACUCAGCACCAGCAGAAUUCGACAAGGAAUUCUUUACAUAUACCGCUUCCGAACAAGAAUUUGAUGACGGUGAUGCAGGUCAACAAGUUGCCAACUCCCUGAAAAAGAAUCUCCGUGUCAUCUUCAUCAAGGGACCUGAAAAUAGCGGACUCGAGAACGCUGCUCUCCAAUUGGCUAAACAUGCUGGGGAAGACCGCACCGCGAUCUAUGUUUUGCAGAAACAAAGCGAUAUUGGCGAUUUGGCUAAGAAACUUAACUCCAUCCAAGGUCAGAGCAGCCACAAGCCCGAAGUACAUUUCGUCAAAUACCGUACACCUGAAGAUGCCGCCGAUGCCCAACGUGCUAUCCAAUCUCAAUACGAUCAAUUGGGUGGUAACUCUCAAGCUCAUGAUGGUGGUGUUGCUCCAGUACACAACUUUGCCUCUCAAGCUCCAGUUGCUGCACCACAAGUGAACGCUCCUCGCAACUCUUACUUGCCUUCUUCCAUUAUUCGCGUUUAA